CCAACAUGACAGUGACUGUUCAGAGAAGUUCCCCUUUUCACCCUCACAGUCCUCCUGACACUGAAUCUCAAGCUCAUAUUUUCAUAGAGAGAAUGAAGUCCAUCAGGGAGAAUAUUAUUACGCCUGUCAGGAAAAGAAAAGGAUCUUGCAGACAAGCUCUUAAAUCGGUCUUGCUGUAUCUCUGGGAUGUUUACUCCGUACCCACACCAACUGGCAAAAACGUCCUGGCUCUUCUGUCUCUCUGUCUCACACUCGCUGUAAUCACAGGCGGCCUGCUUCAUCACUGGAUGUCAAACACUCUGAAAUACAACCAUGAAGGCUCCAUUCAGACCGCCUGUAUCUACAGUGUUACAGUGUUUCUGUUCUCGUUCCUGUGUCAUCCUCUGCGCUGUGUGCUGACCAUGACUCUGCCAACUGUCUGUACUAAAGAGGGACGCAAACUCCUCAUUUCGGCCUCUGUCAUGAUUUUAGUUUUGAAUGUUGUCCCUAAUAUAUCGGUGAAUGUUGGAGCGGUUGCACGCAUCCUGAAAUGCACUGCUGAGGGUUUUACAAAGACUUUACUGAAUUCCUCUGAACCUUUGAACACAGCAAAGCGAGACCUUGUUGCGGAAACGAUCAAAGUGAGAAGGGAAGACUUGAGCAUUGUCACCAACUUGAGGAAGUUAGAUCACUUCACACAUGUUGAUGUGUCAGAAGUCAAAAGCAGGUUUACUAAUAUAAUUGGGCAGAUAGAGGUCAACUUCUCACAUGCCAGGAACCUGCUCAAAGACUGCAAACUGCUCUCGAACAGGAUUCUUGCUGCUGUUUUUGUUGCUCUGCUAGUCUUUGAAUCUGCACGCUAUUUGAAGUCUUACCUGACAUCAGUGCAGUUCGAUAACAGCUACAUCUGCAAAGAGCUCCAGAACCAGGCGACUCAUGCUGCUAACAAAAGGCCAGCUAAAAAUAAAACUAACCCCACAAGCUGCAAAAUAACAAGUCAGGAAUGCGCCUCUUGUUUGAUAUCACUGGUUGUGGUAACAUUAUACUUCAUUGCAAUAACUUUAAUAGUAGCUUUGGACCACGUCGUGUAUCAUAUAGUUCAGAUGAUUUUGCCAUGGUUACUGGAUUUCCCAUCAACAUCCGCCAUCAUAAGUGUGAAUUACAAGGUUAAGUGGUUCCCCCCUGCUUUUUGCAUCAUCCCUCAUAACUGCAUAACCCGGGAGCUCACCAACUUCCACAGGGAUUACAAGUGGACCUUCAACCCGGAGCCGUCGCUCUGUGAUGUGAAAACUUCGGCUCCGAGCCUGGGAGUCAGUCUCCUGUUGGGAUGUCUCUGGCUGAUGAGCUACUCUCUGGUGUUCCUCGAGGUUUACGCCAGACGCCUGCGCAGAAAGAUCUCUGCAUCGUUUUUCAGAGAGCAAGAGGAGAGGAGGGUGGCUUAUUCAAUGAGGAAAACACGAGAGAAGCUGAAUAAAAAGGAGCAAAAGGAGGCUGUUUCCAUUGAGGUCACUACUGGUUGAAAUUGCUCUGGAUAGUGCUAUGCUAGCCUUGUUUAUUAGCAAUACUAGCUGUGUAGUAGUAAUGUCAGUCUGUUGGUCAGGAUUGUGGCUUUCACACUUGGAUCACAUAAUAUUUAGGAAAAAUUACUGUGUUGUCACUGAAUGAAAUGUAGAUAUCAUCU